UGUAGGAAAGAGACGCAGCAAUUGACAGGAAUUUCGUGCAUUUCCGCGGAAUAACUGGCGGUUCAAACGGCAAACCUACGUACAUAUGCAUGUGUAUUUGUGUUACAUUCGAAAAAUAUCAAAUGCGCGAUCAUGUAUGAAAUUAGCGAGUCAGACAGGAUGUGAACACGCGCGCGAGAUAGAAUGUCAUACAUUUGAACGAGAGCUGUGACGAUCUUAGACGUUCGCGAUUACGUUCCGGCAUUACGCGGGACGGGAGAGGACACGCGCGUCGCGAGAGAUAGUGAUAUGUAAGGCUAUUCAAUUCGUUCAAUCUCAUAAUUCAAUCGCGUUCCUCGACGAAAUCGCGAAAAAAGAAAAAAUGUCGCUGCUGCGUCGAAAUGUUAUUUAAAAUCGGUGCGAGCUCUGAUAAGUCGCGACAAGCGAUCGGCAACACGUCCUUCGCGAUGCCGAGCGAAAGCAACGAAAAGUGAAGAUGUCACCGUUUCGCAGAAAGAAAUCUGGGAGAUCCUUCCCCGUGAAAGUAUGCACCCUGGACGCGGAGCUCGAAUUCAAUCUGGAGUGGAGAUCUACAGGUAGGGAUCUAUUCGACCUGGUGUGCCGCACGAUAGGAUUGAGAGAAACGUGGUACUUUGGACUCCAGUACGAAGACUCGAAGGGUUUUAUCUCUUGGCUAAAACUAGAUAAGAAAGUACAGGAUCAGGGCAUUUCCCAGCAACCAACGACGCCGUUCAUGUUCUUGGCGAAAUUUUAUCCUGAAGAUGUAGCCGAAGAACUUGUGCAAGAAGUGACUCAACAUUUGUUUUUCUUACAAGUGAAGCAAGCUAUACUAUCUAUGGACAUUUAUUGCCCACCUGAAGCUUCCGUGUUACUUGCUUCUUAUGCUGUCCAAGCAAAGUAUGGUGAUUAUGAUGAAGUUUCAUAUCGCCCUGGAAUGCUUGCCAGCGAAGACUUGCUUCCACAGCGAGUUAUAGAUCAAUACCAAAUGACUCCAGAAAUGUGGGAAGACAGGAUAAAGAUUUGGUAUGCCGAUCAUCGUGGCAUGUCUCGCGACGAAGCAGAAAUGGAAUAUCUUAAGAUUACUCAAGAUCUCGAUAUGUAUGGUGUAAACUAUUUUCCUAUUAGUAAUAAGAAGGAGACGGAUCUUUGGCUUGGAGUAACAGCACUGGGAUUGAAUAUCUAUGAGAAGGAAAACAAACUAGCACCGAAGACUACAUUUCAAUGGUCGGAAAUUCGUCACAUCAGCUUUGAUGACAAGAAGUUUGUAAUCAAAACCGUGGAGAAAACGUCACCAAACUUCGUGUUCUUCUCGCAGAAAGUUCGCAUGAACAAAUUGGUAAAGAAACAGUCAGAUGUUGCCAACUGGGUGAAGAAUUUGAUAGCUUUAGGGUUGGACGAACAUAAUAGUGACAAAGCUGCUCACAUAUUAUUUGUUAAGAUCCUGGACCUGUGUAUUGGCAACCACGAUCUGUACAUGAGGAGGCGCAAACCGGACUCCAUGGAGGUUCAGCAGAUGAAAGCGCAGGCCAAGGAGGAAAAAUCGAGGAGACAAAUUGAGAGAAACAAAUUAGCACGAGAAAAACAAUUGAGAGAAGCAGCAGAGAGGGAAAAGGCUGCGAUGGAGCAUCGACUUUUACAAUACCAAGAGGAAAUACGUCUUGCAAAUGAAGCUCUUGUAAGAUAUGAUUGUAUAUAUAGAAGAUCUGAAGAGACUGCAGAUCUUUUAGCUGAGAAAAGCCGCGUAGCCGAAGAAGAAGCAAUGCUUUUAAGUCAGAAAGCAUCAGAAGCAGAACAAGAAAUUACGCGUAUACGGCUGAAUAAUAUGAAGACUGAAGAAGAGAAGGUCCACUUAGAACGAAAGACCAGAGAGGCUGAAUUAUUAACAGAAAGACUGGUCCAAGAGUCGGAGCGCAGAGCUGCUGAAGCGGAAAGAUUAAAGGACGAGCUGUUACGUGCAAGAGUCGCCGAGAAAGAAGCUAAAGAGAAGCUGCUGGAAUUCCUCAGUAGAAACGCCUACAUACCCGCUACCAUAACGCCUGUGCCAAAUCUAUUUCCCUCGACGCAAGUGCUUCCAUCAGAUCUACAGGCAGAUCUUCAAACUCUGCAGUUGGACGCAGAACCUCUACCACCUGAUUUAACAUCUUAUGAUCUUAUUGGCGAUGGAGACGUUGAUCAACUUUCAUUAGAAAUUGAAAAGGAACGAAGUGAUUAUUGGGAGAAAAGUAAAAAUUUGCAGGAACAGCUACGGGAGUUACGUUCCGAAAUUGAAGUUUUGAAAGUCGGUGAGAAGCAGAGUGAAUUAGAUCAACUGCAUGAGGAACAAGUUCGACUUGGUGAGAACAAAUACAGCACACUGAAAAAGGUGAAAUCCGGAUCUACUAAAGCUAGAGUCGCCUUCUUUGAAGAAUUGUAGUUUUUGAAAAACAAAAAAAAAACAAUUGUUGAUAGACACCCAUUGAAUGUAUGACUAGUAGUCAUAUAGUAAUUGAAUUUCGAAAAAUAAGAUCAUACAGACAUACGUACAUAUGUAAUACUCAAAAAUGUACUAUAUCACAGAGUGUUCCAUCCAGCUGCAUCAAAUAAUAACUAACAGAUUUCUCAAUGAAAUUGAAUUUUUUAACAAAAAUCUCUUAUUAAUAUAAAAAUUGAAUAUUGAAUUUACAUAUUACAAAUUACAAAACAUUCCAAUACAAAUAUAUAAGCACAAAAAAUAUUAAGAGUGAGUGCUAGGAAUCUAACCCUGCUAUUACUUUUACCAAUAAGCUAGCUAAUUUAGACUUUAUGUAUUAAUUCUUGAUUCUUUCAGUCAUUUAUAUGUAUUCAAAUGAGGCUACAUCUCUACUUCGAUUUUUUUAAUUUUAAGUGUUAUGAUAACAAUUUUAAGUGUUAUGAUAACAAAUUUUUUGAAAUUAUUUUAAUUUAAUAUAACAAUGGAAUACUCUGUAUAUAGAAUAUGUACAUUUUAUGCUAUUAUGAUACAAAAUUUUAGAUAAAUUUGCAUAUAAAUAUUUAGUUGACUUGCAUAUAUGAAUAUACUGCAUAUUUGCGAACAAAUCAAAAUAAAUUUAUUAUUUUCAUAUUUUACAUUAAAAACAGAUUCAUAUAUACACAUAUAUUUGUUUCACCGUGUAUUAUAAAUUCCAGUAGACACAUAAAUGUUUCGACAUUAUAUGGGCAUAUAUAUUAAAAUUAAAUGUGCAGGCAUAUAAUUAUGAUAGUUUUUGUUACUCUAAUUGGAUUAAUUAAUCCCUGUAGAUAAAUUUAUAAUAAUUUGGAAACGACAAGCUAUGUUUUCAUUAAAAAUAUGUAAUCAUUUCUGACAAUUUAUAUCAUCUCACUGACUCAUUAAAGUUAUAAAUUUAACAUGUUCAAUCCUGCCAAAUUGAUAUUUAACUAAAUAUAGUUACCUGUUCCUUUUUUCAUAUAAAUAGAGCAAUUUAAAUAUAAGAAAUAUAUAAAAUAUAGGGAUUUUCAAUAAGACAAGAGACAUCAAGGAUGGACUACCUUGUCAAUCAUAUAUGAUUAACAAAAUGUAAAUGAAAAUUUAUCUGUCAAGCUUGUGACUGAUGUGGCAAUCAAUGUGUUAAUAAGUAGGCACAACAUAUAUACAUAUAUAUAUAUAUAUAUAUAUAUAUAUAUAUAUAUAUAUAUAUAUAUAUAUAUAUAUAUAUAUAUAUAUAUAUAUGUAUGUAUGUAUGUAUAUAUGUUGUGCCUACUUAUUAACACAUUGAUUGCCACAUCAGUCACAAGCUUGACAGAUAAAUUUUCAUUUACAUUUUGUUAAUCAUAUAUGAUUGACAAGGUAGUCCAUCCUUGAUGUCUCUUGUCUUAUUGAAAAUCCCUAUAUUUUAUAUAUUUUUUUAUAUUUAAAUUGCUCUAUUUAUAUGAAAAAAGGAACAGGUAACUAUAUUUAGUUAAAUAUCAAUUUGGCAGGAUUGAACAUGUUAAAUUUAUAACUUUAAUGAGUCAGUGAGAUGAUAUAAAUUGUCAGAAAUGAUUACAUAUUUUUAAUGAAAACAUAGCUUGUCGUUUCCAAAUUAUUAUAAAUUUAUCUACAGGGAUUAAUUAAUCCAAUUAGAGUAACAAAAACUGUCAUAAUUAUAUGCCUGUACAUUUAAUUUUUAACAAUAUAAACAUGAUUAGAUACAUUUAUCACUGUUUUAAACAUAUAUAAUUAUAUUUUAUACAGGCUGUACAUGGAAUAUAUACAAUGUUUUAUAUAUAAUAUAUUCUAAUUAUAAACACACACACACACACACACACAUAUACACUUGUGUGCGUGUAUACAUAAGAAAUUCCUUUGUGGAUUUUUUUUUUUUUUUUUCUUCUUCUUCAUCUUCAUCCGAGUCAAACCUACAUGUUAUCUGUGAUUCAUAUAUACAUAUUGUUAUAAACAUUGGGUUACUCUAUUUUCGAGGUAUUCGCAAAUAUCAUAUUGAAUUAAGAUUUAAACACAUAUACACUUUAACUGCCCAUAUUAAUCGAGUUGUGCCUUAAAAUUAUCGUGUUAUGUGUCCAUGUAUAAAAUCAAUAAUUUGAGUGUUGUAUUAUUAUUGUAUAUGGAUACAUUAGAUACAAUGAAAAAUAAUAUGGAUCAGUAUUGUGUAUGACAUAAGAAAAUAUUUACAUCUGUAAAUAUUGUGGUUUCAAACUACCUGCUAUUAAUCGCUAUUAAUCAGUUUUGAAAUUUGCAUUGAGCAUAUUUUCCUUAUUUUUUAUUUAAAAUUAGAAUAGAAAAAAAAAUUAUAUUAAUUGGUACUUUUUGUAACGCUCAGUAUUUUAGAUAUGAUUAUUAAUAAGUACUGAUGCUUGAAUCUUAUAUGAUAUGAUUACAUUCUUUUAUCAUCGCGCGACAAUCGUAUAUAUAUAUAUAUAUAUAUACUAUACAUAUAUAUAUAUAUAUAUAUAUAUAUAUAUAUAUAUAUAUUGAUACCAGUGUAUCUAUCAAAUAGUAAAUAUUCCCAUUAUAUUUUUGGAUUUAUAUUUAUAUUAGUAUUUAAAUAAAUUUUAAGUUGAAACUUAUUCAAAUAUGAAGAGGAAUUGACAUUUCAUUGCGCAUAAAAACAAUUGCUUUAAACUACUAGAAACUAGUGUAUUUUUAAGAAAAAAUGUGCCUUAUUAUUGUAUUAUUUUAGGUAGUAUUUUAAUUUUUUAGAUAGUGAUUUGUACAUAAUAUGCAAUAGUCACUAUAAGCAUUUUAAUUAUAUUAGGAGCUCGAUAUUAAAAAGACGACCACAUUUAAAUUAUGUAUAAAUCUCUUGGAAUGUUAUUCAUUAUUCUUCAAUUCAUUGUAUGUUUUAUUGUGUCGCUAUUUAAUUGUGUAACUCUACAAUAAUGAUAUAAAUCUUUAAAAAUCUAA